CAUCAGCCGUUGUCCUGACCUCAUCAAUCGUAGUUAACGGAAGGCUGCCAUCAUUCGAUCAUUCAGGCGAAAGUUCUCCCCAGAAGUAAUCUCUAAACUACGCAAAAAGAUAGAGAUUCUGGCAUAAGCUUCGGUUACACACUUCUAGUGCUUGCCCAAAACAUCGAUCUGGCAGGCUUCUUCUGGCAUCGAGCUCCGUCGAGCUCUCCCCCAUCCUCCCCGCCCGACUCUUCUCACGCAGAGGCACCACCACAACCAUCCAACAUGUCACAGGGAGCACCACAGGUAACCCUAACGCCGCAGUUCUGCUUCAACCAGACCGCACUGCGUGACUUCCUCCGCCUCUCCCGCAGCACGAUAGACGACUCCAUCACGCAGAACCUCAACGCACUUUUAACCCCCGGCGCAACGCCUUGGAACCCAUCCUCGGUGUCCACACGACAGACGUCACAUCCCGCGACAUUGCGGACGAUACCUGGAGAGUCAUGCAAUAAGUUCAAGGAACAGGUGUUGUUUCCGAAUUGGAAGAUCAGGUCAGAUGUGCUCGACUACUGCUCGGGCGUCGCGACGUCCCCGGAUCCAGACGACCCGGACUCGGUGCUGAGACUGGUGGAAGACCACAAGGCGAGAGAGCGCGUCGUUGACGAGCGGUUGGAUCCUUACUCUGGACGAUACUUCCCGCGAGAGGCGAGGACGGAGAGUUUGGCGAUGCUGAUGCGGAAUGAGAGGGCCGUCGAGAAGAUCAUCCGGAGUAGGACCUGGAGUCUCAUCGGCGAGCGGUGCGGGUUGAGCAGCGAUUCGGCGGAGGGAGCAUUUGAUAAAUGGACGAAGGAACAAGAGCGGCCGUGA